CACGAAACUUCGUCAGCAACAUCAAUAUAAAAAGAAUGUCCCUUAACUUUUGUACUAUUUUACCUCUGUUAAUAGCCACAGAAUAAGAUAGGAGGUCUCUUCACCAAGCUCUUUACAGCUGAAGAAUAAACAACAUGCACGAUCGUCUGAACAUGCCGCCCAAAACCAAGAUAUUUUGGCUGAUUUUUCCGCUAAUUGCUCUUUGCUAUGCAACGAAAAACAACAGCAACGGUGGCAAGCCGAAUUGUAACAUGGUAAGUUUAUCUUUUCCAAAAACAUCACAACAUUGUAGUUAUUAUCAUUUCGUCUGAUUUUCUCCAUCACUGUUAUUCCAAAAGAGAAUGCAAAAGGAGAUAUUCCCUAAAAAAAUUGAAGCAAAACGAUGAUUUCAUGAUCGAACAUUUCGAUUCUUAGAAAGAUGAAUGUGUCACAACGAUUGUUCACAAGAAAAAUAGUCGUAUUUCUGACAGCAUAUAAACAAAGUACGUGUUAUGUUUUUUUUCUUUUUUGCACAGGGCACUCACCCACAUCAACCAUAUGGACCCUAUGCUUAUGGUGCUCUUUUUGGUGCACCAGGGAUACCAGGUAUUCCCGGGAGCCCAGGACCCGCGGGACCCACGGGCAUCGCAGGGUCACCCGGUCCUCGUGGUUCUACGGGACCACAAGGGGACAAGGGCGACGCAGGAAAGGCGGGAAACCAAGGCCUCACAGGUAAACAGGGACCCCCAGGAAAAUUGGGACCUCAAGGGUCCACAGGCCGGCAGGGUCCCCGUGGAACCAAAGGUGAUGCAGGGGAUAAAGGAAGACAGGGAGCCCCAGGCCUCCGGGGUCCUCCAGGAGCUCUCGGGAGUAAUUGGAAACAGUGUGUUUUCAAAAAUUUGAACGAUGGAAAGGACACUGGCUUGAUAAAGGUACUUCAGUUUUUAUUUCAAUUAAUCGCAAUUUUACAAAACUGUAUUUGACAUCAUUGCUCAAAUUGACGAUUCCUAUCAGAUUUUGACUGAAAGGAGAUCGAGUUAUGCAGCAAGCCAAAAUAGUUUUUCUGUGGCAGAAGGUCGAAACUGUGAAGAUAAACCUUAAGUAGUUAAAGGAUCCGUAAACUGGACUUGAUUUAGGACUUAUAUCGCUCAGGACAUUUUGAAUUCAUAUUGUUCACAGUUAACCAUCAAUUAUUUCUCCAGGAAUGCCUUUUCAUCAAAAAGUCGGCCAAAACAGCUCUGCGCGUGUUUUGGAGUGGCAACCUCCGCCUCUAUAACUGCCAUAAUUGCUGCAGACGAUGGUAUUUCACCUUAAACGGCGCAGAGUGCUCAGCUCCUGCUGCAAUUGAUGGCGUAGUCUACAUGGUAUAUGGAAAUGGCGCCAAAAAGAAUUUACACCGCCCCCGUCAUAUCGAGGGUGUGUGCGAGAAAGUCCACAAAGGUGUUGUGCGCGUUGGAUUCUGGGUCGGUAACUGUAAUGGUUACGGAUCUGCUGACGCAUACACAGGCUGGAACUCAGUGUCCCGGAUCUACGUGGAAGAAGUACCACCCCCACAGGCAUAG